AUGUGCUUUGGACGAGUGCCGCGAGCUGGAAGUUGCGAGACCGGCGAGAACUCCGACGACAGCUGUCGAAAGGAAGACGAGGGGAUCGUGGAGACCUCGGGGAGACCCUAUCCCGCGGGGAUGGGUAUGCUUCUGCCAGACGAGACGUACGAGGAACGCUCCUCGUCCUCGAGACGCAGCUCCUGCCCGAACGUUCUCGCGGACAUCGACGAGGUCGAGGCCGCCAAGGCUCUGGCCGCGUUCAGAAAGUGCGACGAGUUCCUCAAGAGGCACGGUAUCAGACCAGAGUUCUUCUGUCGCCAUAGGGAGCGUCUGGCGCUGCAGACAUGGCUCUUGCAGAGGUCCAAGCUGUCCGAUGCCUCGUCCUCGAACGAAGCCGUGCACUUACAGCAGCGUCUGAGGAGCCUGAGCACGGAGCUGGUGACCCUAAGGAACCGGCUGCACGUCAGCCAGCCGCCGAACAAUUCAGGGCAGAACGGCGGCUCGUCGGCGCCCCUGUCGAAGAGCCCGGAAAAGGGUGGCGUGCCGUCCUCCCCCGCGCCCGCCGUGCCGCCCAGGACCACGCUGCCGCUCGCCAACACGUUGCCCCACGGCCUCGGUCAUCCUUCGGGGCACACGUUGACGGCGUCCGCGAUCGUUCAUCCGCACGUGAAUCACGCCGGCGCGAACACGCUCGGCCACAACUCGACCGCAGCUAAUAAUUUAAUAUCUGAUUUGGAUUCCCCGAAGCGCCAUAAUGGAAUCCCCGACGACGGGAUAGUGUCGUGCGUGACGGCUCUGGGCUGUUUGCGAUCGCCGCCGAUCUCCAGCAUCAUCGCCGACGUGAAGAACGCGAAAAGCAACCAGGGCCAGCAUCGAUGUCUCCCGAAAGGCACCACGGCCACUUCCGGGCCCGCCAGCUCCACGGCCUUGGACGACCUCAUUCAUCUACCAGGCCCCCUCACGGAGGACGCGGUCCUCAAGUGUCUGCAAGCUCGAUUUUGCGCCAAACAGUACCACACGAACGUGGGCCCGAUUCUGGUCUGCAUCAACCCUUACACGGACGUCGGGAACCCGCUGACCCUAACGAGCACCAGGGCCGUACCGUUGGCGCCGCAGUUGAACAAGGUUGUCCAGGAGGCUGUGCGACAGCAAUCGGAGACCGGCUACCCUCAAGCCAUAAUUCUUUCCGGGACGAGCGGCUCGGGGAAGACGUACGCCUCUAUGCUGUUACUCAGGCAGUUGUUCGAUGUCGCCGGAGGUGGUCCAGAGACCGACGCCUUCAAACAUUUGGCGGCGGCCUUCACGGUCCUCAGGUCCCUCGGAUCGGCCAAGACCGCCACCAAUUCGGAGAGUUCUAGGAUAGGUCACUUUAUCGAGGUCCAGGUGACGGACGGGGCUUUGUACAGAACCAAGAUACAUUGUUACUUCUUGGACCAGACGCGGGUCAUCAGGCCCCUGCCCGACGAGAAGAACUACCACAUAUUUUACCAAAUGUUAGCCGGCUUGUCGCACGAGGAACGAGUGAAACUUAAUUUGGAGGGUUACAAUCUGAAGAAUCUAAGGUACCUCCAGCAGGGUGACACCAGGCAGGACGAAGCCGAGGACGCCAUCAGGUUUCAGGCGUGGAAGGCUUGUCUGGGCGUGCUGGGUAUACCUUUCUUGGACGUGGUCAGGGUCCUCGCGGCGGUGCUGAUCCUGGGCAACGUGGGUUUCACGGAUCGGCCUGGCGUGGAGGUCGGCGUGAUCGGGGAGAACGAGUUGGCCUCGGUGGCAGCCCUCCUAGGCGUUCCUCCGCCGGCCCUGCUCAGGGGCCUCACCUCGAGGACCCACAACGCCCGCGGGCAGCUGGUCAAGUCCGUCUGCGACGCGAAUAUGUCUAACAUGACCAGGGACUCGCUGGCGAAAGCGCUCUACUGCCGCACCGUGGCCACGAUCGUCAGGAGAGCGAACAGCUUGAAGAGAUUAGGCUCCACCCUCGGCACGCUAUCGUCCGACUCGAACGAGUCCGUUCACAAUCAGGCAGAGGUGACCAGUCAGCAUGCCUCGACUAUCGGGAGCUCUGCAGGCGGCACCGGUUCCAGAAGCAUGACCGCGCUGAACAAUGCCGUGAGACACGCGACGGACGGUUUCAUCGGCAUCCUGGACAUGUUCGGGUUCGAGGACCCGAAACCCAGCCAGCUGGAGCACCUGUGCAUCAAUCUAUGCGCGGAGACGAUGCAACAUUUCUACAACACCCACAUAUUCAAAAGCUCGAUCGAGAGCUGUCGCGACGAGGGUAUACGGUGCGACGUGGAGGUCGAUUACGUAGACAACGUGCCGUGCAUCGAUCUCAUUUCCUCCCUGCGGACUGGGCUGCUGAGCAUGCUGGACGUCGAGUGCUCGAUACGCGGCACCGCCGAGAGCUACGUGGCUAAAGUCAAGGUCCAGCACAAACAGAACCCGCGACUCUUCGAGCCAAGGACCGUCGACUGCAGGUCUUUCGGGAUCCAGCACUUCGCCGGCAGAGUCACUUACGACGCCUCGGACUUUCUCGAUACGAACAAGGACGUGGUGCCAGACGAUUUGGUGGCGGUGUUCUACAAGCACACGUGCAGCUUCGGUUUCGCGACGCAUUUGUUCGGGAGCGAGCUGAAGGCGCUGUACGCGAGCGACACCGUGCCCAGGGGCGUCAGCUUCAGAAUAUCUCCGACGUCUCACACGGACCUUUUGAACGGGGACGAACCGAUCUCCACGUUGACUCAGGACUUUCACACGAGGCUGGAUAAUCUCCUGAGAACUCUCGUCCAUGCCAGACCCCACUUUGUCAGGUGCAUUAGAAGCAACGGCACAGAAACCCCGCUGCACCUAGACAGAGGCGUGACUAUGCGUCAGAUACGAUCCCUUCAAGUUCUGGAGACAGUAAAUCUAAUGGCCGGAGGAUAUCCGCAUCGGAUGCGGUUCAAGGCGUUCAACGCGAGGUACAGACUGAUCGCGCCGUUCAAGCAGCUGCGUCGCGCCGAGGAGCAAGCCGUGGAGGAUACGAAGCUCAUUCUUCAAAAUGCCCAACAAUUAAAGAGCAAAUUCGGCGCGAGCACCAGCUGGGCGCUCGGCAAGAGGCACAUCUUCCUCAGCGAGGGCAUCAGGCAGCAGCUGGAGAACCUCCGAUCCGAAACGCGCAGGAGGGCUGCCACCGUCAUACAGGCUACGUGGAGAGGUUGGAGAGUACGAAGAAGAUGGCCGCUGAGGAAGACAACGAUAGGCGUGACUUCCGGGAUGGGCCAGAAGAAGCACCAGCAGCCGACCUCGACCAACACGGGCACCGUUCAGAGGAACGUGACGGCCGCGACGGGAACCGGAAGCGGAACACGACCGAGGCCGCAGCCGAUCGCCGGUACGCCACCGCCGGAUCCCUCGGAGAAGUGUGCGGAUCAGAAGAUGAUCCAGCAGACGUGCACCCUCUACGGGCUGGAUUUGGAACGACCGCCGCCUGUACCGCCCAGCAGGUCCUACACCGUGACAGGAAACACCAAGCUGGGCUAUCCGCAGACGAGGAUCAUGAAGAUGCCUUUCCCAGAGGAGGGCGAAGGAGAGGUGGUACUGCUGAAAGGUGAGACGGUUCUGGUCGUGGGCGCGUCCCCCAGACGCGGUCACCUCCUGGUGGAGCACAACAACGCAACGUUGCACGUGCCCUAUCAGUUCAUGGAGCUGAAACCCUGCAAUAUUAACGUUUGAACGCGUUAUUUAUUUCCGUGUUGGGUUGAUUGUCCGAACGACGCCGUUCCGAGUCCGGCGCCGCGAUUCUCGAAUCGUAAGAUUAAUUAAAAUUCCGCGAACGGUGUCCGCGAAUCGUCCGUGGAAAAAAAAUCAGGGGAAACGAGCAGGAUCGAAAGUUCCCCAGGACACUGAACUUUGUCUUUUAAUUAAUUGCACACCGGGCCGUUAAGCGAGUUGGACGCGGAAGUCGCUACAACGGCGCGCUUAUCGCUCGUUUGAGACGUUGAACCGCCACCCUCGCCGAGCCACGUUCGUCUUCCAUGUAGAUAAGUACACGCGCGUCGACGUACAUUUUCGAAUUAGUAAGCAUGUUAGCCGUUAAAUACCUACGAGCCUCGAGAAACCAGGGGCGUACCAACCGUGUACACGUCGGCGCCGUUCGGGGGGCUCCUGGCGCGAGCAGCGUCCUUACGGAAUAAUGAA